AUGGUGAGGCGGUCAUCGACGCCCAGGCGUUGCAGGUGGCCAAGCAGAGGGACUGCCUGGAUGCCUGACUUCCGCUGCGAUUGCGUGGUGUACUGGCCUGAGACAAGGGCCUGUCAAAGAUGGAUGGGCUGCCGAAGGCACCCCGAGAGCUUCAUCAAGGACAGGUCAGCGAACACCCUGAUGAAGGUCCCGUCCAUGAGGCCAAAGUAUGAGGAGCACCGGCACUUCAACACCUACAGCUCCCUGGGGUCCCGAGAUAUCGAUCGAGGCGAUGAGCCAGCGAUCGUGAACUCCUUCCAGGACUGCCAGGAUCGUUGCACGGUGGACGAGAACUGCGACUGCAGCGUGUGGUCUCUGGAUGGCUCCUACAGGUGCUGGAAGAGGGCAGGCUGCCAAGCCUCCAGUCUCAGGUAUGACCCUGUCUACACGACGUUCGUCAAGCACAGAGAAGAGAAGGUGCCGUUGCAGGCGACCACAACCGUAGAUGCCUACCGAUGGGUCCCCAUGGUGGUGACGGACAGAGAGGGAAGCGAGGACCAGGACAAAGCAAAGACGGAGACAGGUGCUCCUGUGAGAAGCCAGGCAGGGAAUUGCAACCCCAGCAGACAGCUCAAGCGCGUAAAGUCGCUGAAGUUUGUCCUCGGCGUAUGGCAGGACCAGCUGGUGGCCACGCCGGGUCGGGAGCAGUGA